ACCUGCCCAAGAAAUUGUUUCACUGCGCCGCCUGUCGUGCCCCCCUCAAACCUCCAGUGUUCAAGGUACUCCUCUCCUCCUACAUUCGAAUCAGCUCCUCAAAUCACCGUGAGAAAUAAAGGAUUGCAGUGCGACAAGGAGCAUUUCGUGUGCUGCGCCUGCGGCGGCGACGGAGCCACCAAGCACUGCGGUCCAUGCGGGCAUGACGUCUCCUACACCCACUCAGCCUUCAUGGACGGCGUGGUCGGCGCCUACAAGGUGCCGUGCACGUACAAGCACCACGGCUGCGCGAGCUCCAUCGUGUACCACGCGGCGGCGGAGCACAAUGACAAGUGCGCGCACGCGCCCUGCUACUGCUUCGAGUGCACGCCACCGUUCGAGGGCUCGCCGGCGCAACUCCUGCGACACCUCACUGCGCCGUCCGGCAAACACUCCUGGCCCAUGGACAAGAUCAAGUACGAGUCGAGCUAUCCGUUCGCCGUGCAGGCGCCGUCGGGGGAGUACCGCUGCUUGCUGGUCGGGGAGGACGGCUGUGUGUUCCUCCUGGCCGUGGGCGCUAGCAGAGGCCCGACCGGCCGCCGCCCCGUGAAUGUGGUGUGCGUCAGGGCCAACACCGACGCCGACACGAGGCCGGUGUACACGGGCGUGCUCUGGGUGGAUGGUCCUCCAGCACCAACGGGCCAACUCAUGUGCACCUUCCGGCACCAAGCGACCAUGGCGAGCUGCUCCGUCCCGGGCGAGGUGGACAUGGAACAGGGCUGGCUCCAUGCGCAUGUCAACCCGAGCAUGCUGCACGGAGAGUCCGGCGAGGUUCAUUUGCGCCUCCGUAUCACCAAGUUUCCGUGAAUGAACUCCAGUUAUUUAUCACUCCUCACUCGCCAUAUAUGCUGGGAGUUUGAUCUCUGCAUCAUUUUGCUCUGUUUUGGCUCUAGAUGAACUCCAGUUAUUAUGAACUACUAAUGUAAGGAGAAACCCCAGUAUGAACUACAGUUAAUGUUGGGAGUGUGUUUGCCCCUUGUUCAGCAUUUGUGUUCAACGAUGGAGUGGUUUUGACA